GGAGACGACGCUCGCUCCACCCGAUGUUUCGCCGCUGGAGAUGGCACGACCCUGACGUCCAUUUGAUUUCGAUAGCGCUCCAUGUUAUGCGAGAGCUGGUCUGGGAGGAGGCUCCUCGCAUGGCAAACGAGAGCAAUUCACCCCUGAGGAAAUUGGACUCUUGUUGGUUGUUGGAGACAUUUCACCUUUAAUUGGAAAGGCUUCUUCAGCUCUGCACUUUAGGCCUGGUACACACAAGGAUUUUGAAAUAUUAAAAGACCCCACACAGGAAGAGAAGACAAAAAAUAUGCUUUGUUCGUAUUGUGUGUGUGGUGUGCUCCGAUAAUCGAAGCACACGACACCACUUGGUCAACAUUUGGUUCCAUCUCCGAUCCCAAAGCCAAUCCUCGGAGGCAUGCCUGUGAAUAUUCCCACAUUCACUCAGGACGGAAAACUCAACGACAGUGCUGUGAAAAAGGAAAGUAACAUUUGUGCAUAGUUUACCCGCUUUAAUGUUUAAGAUCGUCAAACAAAUGUAAAUAGGCACAUAGGACCAUAUGAAGUGAACUUAAAAUGCUGUUUUUAAAAAGAAAAAACUUCAAAGUUACCUGGCCCUGUAUGAAAAAGUCAUGACUCCCCGUUGUGAAAUCUUGAAUGAAUUGUGACUAAUCACACUUUUGGCUUAAUUUUCACUGAUCACACCCAAGCCUGACGACCUUCAGACCUAUUCAAUCAAUAAAUCACUGAAACAGAAUCUGUCCUGACAAAAUCAAGUCGGGCAAAAGAUAUAAAGCUGGAACAAAAUGACGCGAUUCAAAUAAAUUCCAAAACAGUCGAGAAAUAAAGUCAUUGACAUCUAUCACGACCCUAGUGAGGAGAAGCGGCUCAGAAAAUGAAUGGAUGGACAUCUAUCAGUCUGGAAAGGGUUACAAAAGGCAUUUUUGAAGCUUUAGGAUUCCAGCGAACCUUAGGGAGAGCCAUUAUCCUUACAUGGAGGAAACAUGGAACAGUGGUCAACCUUCCCAGGAGUGGUCGGCCAACAAAGAUUACCCCAAGAGAGCAGCGAUGACUCAUCCAGGAGACCACAAAGGAACUUGUAAAGAACUGCAGGCCUCCCUAGCAUCAGUUAAGGUCAGUGUUCAUGACACAAGAAGAAAGAAAUGGCAACAAUGGGAGAGUUUGAAGGCCAAAACCACUGCUGACCAAAAAGAACAUAAAGGCCAACUGACUUGUGCAAAAAAAACAUCUGAAGGACUCCCACGACUUUUGGGAGAAUAUUAUACGGACAGAUGAGAUGAAAGUUGAGCUUUUUGGAAGGACCUGGAUGACUUGCUGUGAUUGACUGAAACAUGAAUUCUCCUGAAGGAGAAUGUUCAGCCAUCAGAUUGUGACCUCAAGCUGAAGCGUACUUGGGUUCUGCAGCAGGAUAAUGAUCCAAAACUGGCCUUCUAGGGAACCAACUCCAGACAUCAAGGGAGACUCCAGCGCUAAGAUUUUCGCAUUUGAGUUGACAAGAUAGCGGCACGGUGGCCCGACUGGUUAGAGCGUCAGCCUCACAGUUCUGAGGACCCGGAUUCAAUCCCCGGUCCCGCCUGUGUGGAGUUUGCAUGUUCUCCCCGUACCUGCGUGGCUUUUCUCCGGGCACUCCGGUUUCCUCCCACAUCCCAAAAACAUGCAUUCAUUGGAGACUCGAAAUUGCCCGUAGGUGUGAAUGCGAGUGCGAAUGGUUGUUUGUUUGUAUGUGCCCUGCGAUUGGCUGGCAACCAGUUCAGGGUGCACCCCACCUGCUGCCCGAUGACAGCUGGGAUAGGCUCCAGCACGCCCGCGACCCAAGUGAGGAGAAGCGGCUCAGAAAAUGGAUGGAUGGAUGGAUGGAGUUGACAAGAUAAAGCCCACUGAUCGUAAAAGACGGGAUGCGGAAUACAAGAUUGUACUGCAGCAGUCUGACAGAGUGCAAUCGUGAAAGACCAAAUUUGUCUCAUCUACGAAUUACAUGCUGUCUGUCUCAGACGUGUUGUCUGUCCCACACCACAGACAUGUUAUUUUAAAAAUAACUUUAUUGGUGGUUAGAUAUUUACAGUAAGACGUUAAAAGACACGCGACAAGGCUAAAAAUAAAACAGCUUUUGGAUUCAAAUAUACUGUACACGUAAAUGUACAAUGAGUAAAUGUGUUUUGCGGAGCCGAUCAAUCGGCAAAUUACAUAUAUAUAUAUAUAUAUAUGUAAUAUGUAUAUGGGUUAGGGUUAAAACUGAGUCUUAGAAAAAAAUUCGCCAACACCAACUGAGCCUUAUUAAAAAUUUGAAAAAACAACAAGCGAGCCUCAUAAAAAAUAUAAAACAACUGAGCCUCAUAAAAACAACAAUUGAGCCUUUUAAACAAAUGUAAAUACAAACAAUUCAGCCUAAAGAAACAGUCUCAUAAAAAAAUAAAAAACAACUGCGCCUUAUAAAUGAAAUAACAAACAACUGAGCCUCCAAAAAAAACAAAGCAGCCUAAUAAAAAAAUAUAUAUAUUGAUGAUUGAAAAAAAACAUCCAAACCUCAUAAAAAAAUUAAAAAAACAACUAAGCUGUAAACAAAUAAAAUAAAAACAACUGAGCCUAAAAAAAUGACUUAAAAAAAUAAAAAAGCAACUGAGCCUUAUAUCCAUCCAUCCAUCCAUUUUCUGUCGCGCUUCUCCUCACGCGGGUCGCGGGCGUGCUGGAGCCUAUCCCGACUGUCAUCGGGCAGGAGGCGGGGUACACUCUGGUUGCCAGCCAAUCGCACUGAGCCUUAUAAAUAAAACAAAAAACACCUGAGUCUAAAAAAAAAUGGAGCCUUAUAAAUAAAUAUAAAAAAAUAACAACUGAGCCUUAGUGGGGGAAAAAACAACUGAGCCUCAUAUUUAAAAAAUAACAACAACUGAGUCUCUUCAAAAAACAACUGAGCUUCAUGGUGUGACUGAGACUGGCUAUGUUGGGAAUCCCCCUCUUUCCACCAUAUACCUGUAGAGCACUAUAUAGUGAGUUUGCCAUUUUGUAGUGCUGUUGAAAUGUGUUGUGAGUGCAAGUUAUCCCCAAUAUUCUAUCUCAAUGUAUUCCACAAGGCGGCACGGUGGCCCGACCGGUUAGAGCGUCAGCCUCACAGUUCUGAGGACCCGGGUCCAAUCCCCGGCCCCGCCUGUGCGGAGUUUGCAUGUUCUCCCCGUGCCUGCGUGGCUUUUCUCCGGGCAUUCCGGUUUCCUCCCACAUCCCAAAAACAUGGAGACUCGAAAUUGCCCGUAGGCGUCACUGUGAGUGCGAAUGGUUGUUUGUAUCUAUGUGCCCUGCGAUUGGCUGGCAACCAGUUGAGGGUGUACCCCGCCUCCUGCCCGAUGACAGCUGGGAUAGGCUCCAGCACGCCCGUGACCCAAGUGAGGAGAAGCGGCUCACAAAAUGGAUGGAUGGAUGUAUUCCACAAUGCAUCUUGAAAAGUAGUUAACAAGACUAGAAAAGCAAUAUACUGACUGUAUCGUUAGCCUCAUAGCAUAAGUCUAUGCAUUUUCUUUCUGUCACAAUAGCAGUCAAAAACAGCAAUGUGCUUGCUAAAAAUAGCCUUUUUCCUUCAUGUCUGUGUAGAUUCUAAAUCUUCCGCAAGGGUUGAAUUGUCGAAUUGUUUUUGCUUGUUUCUUGUUUUCGGAAAAGGUUAAAAAAUUGACUUAGCAAUUGCGCUCUCAAGCUAACCAUUUGUGAAAUACACUCAGCUUCAAACAAUAUAAUCGUAUUAUAAAUCAUGUACUAGUUCAAUAUUUAUUCUGGAAGGUUCACCAGCUGAUAAUGUUCAAAUUGCAAUUAUACAACAGUAAAACUAUUUUCAGUCAACUUUAUAGUCCAAUAUAUAAAAAAAAUCCAUUUCUUGUGAUUAGGGAGUAGAGUAGGAUGAAUGAUUCCAUACAUAGCCUGACCCUAUAACAUAACUUAGCUAGCAUACAAAACGGCAUCCACACUCCUUGAAGUCCCGAUCGGCACCCUUUGCACAACGGUCAUUGCACCAGACUAUUGCAAUAUUAGUCAUUCGAAGUGCUAGAGGAGCCUGCAUCUUUUUGCACAAUUGUCAAAAAAAAAUAAUAAUAAUGUACCGGCAUUACCAGAUAACGAGCAACCCAUUAUUGCCCAGUGACUGUUUUUUGUCAAUGUCUUUGUGUCUCCAAAGCGUUCUCUGUGACUUGACCGUCUGUUGUCGUACUCGAGCGGCUCCAACCAGCGGAGACAAAUUCCUCGUGUGUUUUUGGGACAUACUUGGCAAAUCAAGAGGAUUCGGAUUCUGAUUCUGAUAGCGUAGCCCGGCUUCUGAUGCUGCUACUUCUCCUUCCACACUAGAGACCAAUUCAAUUGUAUGCUGAAAAUGAAGAAUAAACAUAGCAGUGCUCCAGUGAGCGUGAGGAGACGUUUGUGGUCAUGGCAACAGCAUCUGAACCAGCAGAAUGCUGAAGCUGCUCCUUUGGCGCUCUUUACACAGUUUCAGGCGUUUCCUACAAAGAGAAGCGCUUUUAAAGUUGGAAUGAAGCUAGAGGGAAUUGACUCACUGCGUCCUUCCAUGUUCUGUGUGAUGACUGUUGCCGAGGUGAUUGGCUGCCGUCUGCGCGUGCACUUUGAUGGCUACUCGGAGUGCUAUGACUUCUGGGUAAACAGCAACUCGGCUGACAUCAGACCGGCGGGCUGGUGUCACAGCAACAAACGCAGGCUUCACCCACCCAAAGGUUACAGUGAGAGUGAUUUUGAUUGGCCGCUGUAUCUGCAGUCCACUGGAGCUCAGGCCGCACCCCCGAGCCUCUUCACCCGUCACACGGCCUCAUGCGACUUCCACGUGGGCAUGAAGUUGGAGGCGGUGGAUAAAAAAAAUCCAGGCCUGGUUUGUGUGGCGUCAGUCGCCGACGUCGUCGACGAUCGCGUCCUCGUUCAUUUCGACAACUGGGACAACUCUUACGACUACUGGUGCGAGAGCAGCAGUCCUUUGAUUCGUCCCGUCGGCUGGUGUGAAAAACACGGACGAGCUUUGACCGCGCCGCACGCUCACCCCGACCCCGAGAACUUCACCUGGGAGGAAUACCUGCGAGAAACUGCUUUAGAAGCUGCUCCCAGAUCAGCUUUUACCACGAGAGCUCUGCACGGUUUUCAGAUCAACCAAAGACUGGAGGCUGUCGAUAAGAGGAACCCCAUGCUGAUUCGCGUUGCCACGGUAACAGCAACAGAAGACUACAGAGUCAAGGUACACUAUGACGGCUGGUCUCCUCAGCUUGACGUGUGGUGUGACAGUGACCUCACUGACCUCCAUCCAGUGGGCUGGUGUCAACGCACAGGUCAUCCGCUGGAGGUGCCGCCAGAGCGGUCUACAUCCCCCUCCCACUCUCAGGGUGUGUGUCCUACACCGGGCUGCCGAGGAGUGGGACACAUCAAAGGACCAAAAUACACUGGACACCACAGUGCCUUCGGCUGUCCGUACUCGGACAUCAACACACGUAAGGAGCCGCUGCUUCCCGAUAGGCUCGGAGGAGUUACCAUACAUCACCCUGGCAACCAGUCAGAAGGGGGGGGGGCAGAGGUGAAGACAGACUGUGGAGACUCUCUGGUGUCUCCUGUGGUGAAAAGGAGAAGAAUGACUGACAGGCUACCCAGGACGACCAAAUUGCUGCCAGUGAAACAGCAGGAGGAGGAGCUUAACAUUCAAGCCUGUGGUCCAGAGGUCCUCCAUCAGUCCGUCUUCCUGUCCGCCAUGUCGGCACCGCCCACCUGCUGGGAGCAACACCGCAAACUGCUGCCGGGGGUCACCAAGGUUCACUCCAACGCCGUCCGCCACUGGAGCGUGCAGCAGGUGUGUGCGUUUGUGGAGUCACUUCCUGGCUGCGAGGACUUGGCCAAACAAUUCAGCGAUGAGCAAAUAGAUGGGCGGGCCUUCCUUCUGCUCACUCAACGAGACAUCAUCACAAUCAUGUCAAUCAAACUCGGUCCCGCCCUCAAGAUUUACAAUUCUAUCUUGAUGUUGAAACAUGAUGAAUGCAAAUCACGUGAUGAAGACAAGAACCAAUUGGAUUACAUGAACAAAAAACAGUCACUCGAAUUGGACAAGACUCAAUCACGUGACAAAGACAAGAACCAAUUACAUGAAGAUAUUGAGAAAAAACAUGAAAUUGACAAGAACCAAUCAGAUGAUGAAUAUAAGAACCAAUCACAUGACAUGGACAAGAACCAAUCAGGUGAUGACGACAAGGCUCAAAAGUGUGAAACUGACGAGCACCAAUCAGAUGAUGAAAAUGAGAAUCAAUCACAUGAUAUGGACAAGAAGCAAUCAGGUCAUGAAGAUAUUGAUCAAAAAGAUGAAAUUGACAAGAGCCAAUCAGAUGAUGAGUGUAAGAACCAAUCACAUGACAUGGACAAGAACCAAUCAGGUCAUGACGACAAGGCUCAAAAAUUUGAAAUUGACGUGCACCAAUCAGAUGAUGAAAAUGAGAAUCAAUCACAUGAUAUGGACAAGAAGCAAUCAGGUCAUGAAGAUAUUGAUCAAAAACAUGAAAUUGACAAGAGCCAAUCAGAUGAUGAUUGUAAGAACCAAUCACAUGACAUGGACAAGAACCAAUCAGGUCAUGAGGACAAGGCUCAAAAAUUUGAAAUUGAUGAGCACCAAUCAGAUGAUGAAGAUGAGAAUCAAUCACAUGAUAUGGGCAAGAAGCAAUCAGGUCAUGAAGACAUUGAUCAAAAGCAUGAAAUUGACAAGAGCCAAUCAGAUGAUGAUUGUAAGAACCAAUCACAUGACAUGGUCAAGAACCAAUCAGGUCAUGAGGACAAGGCUCCAAAAUUUGAAAUUGACAAGCACCAAUCAGAUGAUGAUGAGAAUCAAUCACUUAUGGACAAGAACCAAUUAGGGCAUGAAGAUAUUGAUCAAAAACAUGAAGUUGACAAGAACCAAUCAGGGAACCAAUCAUAUGAUGAGGACAAGAACCAACCUGUGGACGACAAGAACCAAUCACUUGAGGAAGAACCAAUCAGUUGACAAGGACUUGGACACUUCUUUGUUAGGGAAACUUCUGAAGUCAUGUCAACUGUUAAUUUGGUGUACAAAGCUGUUUAGGGUGUUCCCCCCAGAGUCAGCUGGGAUAGGCUCAGGCUCACCCACGACUAGCGCUAUAGAAAAAUGGGUGACUAGAACGUUAGUUGUCGUGGAAUACAUUUUCUUAUGCACUCAAACUGGGGAGGACAAACUGCGGUCCAAACCUAACCCAUAAAAGACAUUCCCGCCUAGCGUUUAGCUAGUAUUAGCUUGCUAGAUGGUAAAAAUGAUCAUGAUUAGCACAUGCUAGCAUGUAGCAUAGCACAUUAACCCCAGCUGCUUGGUGAGCUCAUUCAUUCGAAUGUUCAUUAGCUGUGUUGUGAUGUCAUCACAGUUGAUAUUUAUAUUUUUGCUCUAUAAUAUGCUUAAGAGGUUUCUAUUUUCCAGUCUCUUUGUUGGUAUAUCUAGAUCUAUAUUUCUAUUUCUGUCUUGGAAAGCCUGCACUCAGGGAGACUAAGUCACCUUUAAUGUUUCGAUUGCUGGAUCCAAAAUCCAAUGGAGUUAACAACUCAAAUGAAUCGUCUUAAUGCACAUUUCACGUGCUACAUGUUGUCAUGGAACUGUUCUUACAUCGUGACCUCAGUGUUAGCACUGCUGUAUUAGCAUUCCACUUUGAACGCAGCUGUGGAAACUGUCCUCAGGUUGCCAUGGUAACAACGGCUAUCCCAAUACUUUAAGAAAUUUCCUGGUGGAGAGCUGUUCAUCCAUCCAUCGGUGAUUUAUAUAGCUGCAGAUGCUAGCUCCUGCUAUAUGUGCUAGCUACGUCUGAGAGCGGUGACACUGAACUGUUGGUCCCAUCGGGAACGACUUUAGGACUCCCCAGGACUACGUGUCUAAUCAGGAACAGCUUCAUGACUUACUAGGAACAAGCAGGUAUAAUCAGGAACAAUUUCAGGACUAACUAGGAACACGCAGAUACAUUCAGGGACAUCUUGAGGACGCACUAGGAAUGAGCAGGUCUAAGCAGCCGAGACAGACUCCUGACUACACGACGAGCACAAGAUGAUAAGAUGUUGAGCUAAUUACAAAUGAUGUAGCUAAAAAAUAAAGUUGUGUUUUGAGAA